GACGCUGCUGUGGGGGGGCGUGGCCAGCAGCGAGAGCCGCCGAUUGGCCCGCCCCCCUUCCCGUAGCUGGAGUGGAGGCGGAAGUGCGGGUCCCAGCUGGGAAGCUGCCGCGUGCCGGGGUCAGGGAAGGGUCACGUAGCGAGAGUGCGCAGCAUGAAGCGGCUGUUGGGGGGCGGCGCGUGCCUCGCCCGCUGCUGCGCUCUUCUCGCGCUCCUGUGGCUGGGCUCGAGCAGCGGCGCGUGCCCCUGCAGCGACCCCGCGCUCUGUCGCCCGAUCGCCGGCACCCGGGAGUUCGAGGUCUUUGUGUUUGAUGUUGGAAGAAAAACUUGGAAGUUCUAUGAUUGGUCACAGAUUACAACUGUGGCAGCUUUUGGAAAGUAUGACCCUGAGCUAUUGUGUUAUGCUCAUUCUAAAGGAGCCAGGGUAGUACUAAAAGGAGAUGUACCUGUGAAGGAAAUUAUUGACUCUGCUAACAGAACAGCCUGGAUAGCACGACAGGUGGACCUGGCCAAAAAGCAGUAUAUGGAUGGAAUUAAUAUAGACAUAGAGCAAGAAGUUAUCAUGAUGUCACCUGAAUACUAUGCAUUAACAGCUCUGGUUAAAGAAACUACUGAUGCUUUUCAUAGAGAAAUUCCAGGAUCACAGGUCACCUUUGAUGUGGCUUGGUCUCCAGCAUGCAUAGACAAAAGAUGCUACAACUACAGUGGGAUUGCAGAUGCCUGUGAUUUCUUGUUCGUGAUGUCUUAUGAUGAGCAGAGUCAGAUCUGGACAGAAUGUAUUGCAAGAGCCAAUGCUCCCUACAAUCAGACCUUAGAUGGAUAUGAUGACUACAUUAGUCUGAGCAUUGAGCCUAAGAAGCUUGUAAUGGGUGUUCCCUGGUAUGGCUAUGAUUAUAGAUGUCUGAAUUUGUCUAAGGAUCAUGUUUGUUCCCUCCCAAAUAUUUCUUUCCGAGGGGCUCCAUGCAGUGAUGCUGCAGGGCGUCAGGUCACCUAUGGAACAAUAAUGAAGCAGGUGAAUAGUUCUAUUUCUGGGAGCCUGUGGGAUGAGGAGCAGAAGGCUCCAUAUUAUGAAUAUAAGGACUCUCUUGAUCAUUUUCAUCAAGUAUGGUACGAUAAUCCACAGAGCAUUUCCCUGAAGGCAACGUAUGCAAAGAAACGUGGUUUAAGGGGUAUUGGCAUGUGGAAUGGAAAUUGUCUUGACUACUCCAGAAGUUCUGUAGCAGAGCAGCAGACUGAAGCAAUGUGGCGAGCCUUGAGACCAUAGCAACUAUAUAAGAUAGUGAACACUACCUCAGGAUUUAGAAUAUAGAAAAUUAAUUGGUAGUUAUGGCUAAUAUUCGGUAUUAUGCCUUCUUGCAAGUAUGCACUGGUUACAAGCAAAACUUCAGUCUGCUUAAGGCAGUAUUUUUAUACCUUAGAAAGUAUUUAACAUUGUAUUAACACUGUUUUAACAGGUUCUGGUUAUUCUCAUUUUCAAAACUUUCAUAACUGGCAUCAGACCUUGAACUUGACACUCAUAAUCUAUAUUAACAACGUAUGUAUGAUGAUCAUUUAAAAGAGAGCAUAUGAGAAGGAGGUGUUCUGCUCAACACACAUGCUUUAUCAUAACCAGUUACUAUUCUUUAUUCUGUAAAUUUUAUAUCUAAAAAUAUACACCGAUUAGUUGUGAAGAUUUUAAUUAUUUGUAGCAUUUAGCUUUGUUGCCAGUGAAACUGAAGAAUUAAAUUAUUCUUUUUAUGUUUACAUAACGUUGUGAGGUUUUUUACAACUUCAAAACCCAUAAAACCUUAGGCUUCAAAGAAAGCUUGCACCCAUUUUGCUCAAAGCAGCAUUCUAAAGUGUAUAUGAUAAACAUUUCUUAUGACCUCUCUAAACACAUUGAUUUCAUAAUUAACAUUUUAAAGUGUCUACAUUUUUUAACUAGAUUGUAGUCACCAUACUACUGUAAUUUUUUAUGCUAAAGUCUACAUGGUGUUUAAUUCAUAAUCAGAGAGAUGGAUGUUAUUCUCUAAGUAUUUAGAGAUUUAUUCUUCUCAUCCUUCAUGUCAGUAGCUGGUACUGCUAGCUAUGAGAAACAUGCACACACAUUGGCUAGCUUAUUAACACUGUUUGUAGUAAGGGUGCCCAUACACAUUCAAAUCUGUUUUGGGGCACAGUAUUUAUUAGUGCUAGUGCUUCAUUUGUGCUAUAUUGUGGUUUGAUCCUGCCUGUGUGGAUAAAUCAUCUUUCCAUUCAAGUUAAAGGGGUUGUAUGGAUCAAAGUGAGAUUCGAAUUUGGCUACAACAUGGUACCCUGAAAAAAUCGCUCUGUCUUUAGAUAAAUUUCAUGUAGAUCUUGUGGAGAGAAGAAUCCUAUAUCAGUAGAGAGAUGGAUUGGAUGAUCUAAUAGAUACUUUUCAUCUUUAAAUUCUGUGAUUCCUGACCACUAAGAGGAUAGAUUCCUUGAUCUAGAGCGGUGUUUUUCACAUUUCUUUACACAAAACUCAAGCUGAAUAAAAGGACCCUAUGUUCAUUUCUAGUUGCUCAUAAAAUGGGAAAAUAUUCAGAAUGAGAAAAUCUCAGGUUAGUCCUAAUAUUUUCUGAUGAUAAUUCAUUGUGCCAGGGGAAUUUUUGAAUGAAAUAUUAAAAUAUUUGCAAACAUUUAUAGAGAUUGAUGUAUGUGUGUGCGUAUUUCAGUGAAGUUUUGUUAAAAUAAAAAGGAAAUACUAAGGCUGAGGCAAAAGAACAAUUAAUGGCACUUUCAUCUUCCUAGAAGCAAAAUACAGUAUUUGUUUUUUAGUAAUAUUAACUAAUCCUUGAAAUAAAUAAUCUGCUAAACUGU